CCGAUGAAACGGACUUCCAAUCUUUAGUCUUUCAUUUCGAAAACUAAUCACUUUUUUCAUUUGCCAUUCGUUCUUCUUUCUCGAACGAAAGGCCAAAUUUUCUGUUCUCAAAUUCUCAAUUCUUAUCCAAUACAUCAAAAUCAUAAACAACAAUUACUUAAUUCAAAUUAAUUUCUAUACACAGAAAACAAAAAUAAUUUAAUUAAAUUGAAUUGAAUCAUUACAUUUUUUUCUCGAAAUUUUGAUCCUAUUGUGCGAAUUGUAUUUCGUUUUCAAUCGGAUUAUCGAAUUUCGUACAGAGGAUUCGUAUUCGUGUGUGUAUCCGAAGAAUUUUGAUUAUUUUUUUUGUUGAUAAAAAAAUGAGGAAAUGGUGCGGUGAAAACGACGUCGUUGAGGUUGAAGGGAUUGAUGUUAGUGUUUGUGUUGCGGCGGACGGUGAUUUUUGGGUGAGCGUUGGCUCCGCCGGUGGUCCGAUCGGGAAAUUCAGCCUUGAGAGCGAACAUGAUUUGGCGCAUAUGGUUAACGAUUUCAUAGAGAAUGCAGGAAGCUUUGGGGCUGAGUCUUGGUGUAGCAGUGAUAGUGAAUCUUCUUUAUCUGAUUUUGCGCACCUUGCUGAAAAGAUUCAGAUCUGUAAGCGAUCGCUGACUCAACAUGAGAGCGACUUGAUCCCAAUUGUUCAUUCUCUCAUACGGUCAAUGAAGGAGACCAACCUAGAAAUGAUGAAUUCUGGUCCAUGUUAUGCUAGCUGCAUCAGAUUUUAUUUGGCAAAGUUGAUGAGACUUUCUGGCUAUGAUGCUGGUGUUUGUACAUCUAAAUGGCAGCGUGUUGGCAUAAUCCCUGGAGGUGAUCACGAAUAUAUUGAUGUGCUGGUCGAGAAUAACUCUGGGAAAUCAGAGCGGUUGAUUAUUGAUAUUGAUUUUCGAAGCCACUUUGAAAUUGCUAGAGCUGUUGAUUCAUAUGACAGGAUACUGAAUUCGCUUCCGUCCGUUUACAUAGGUUCCCUUACUAGGCUGAAACAGUUUCUUGGAAUAAUGGAGGAAGCUACUAGAUCUUCUUUGCAACAAAAUUCUAUGCAUUUUCCUCCAUGGAGAUCUUUAACAUAUUUAAAAUCCAAGUGGCUAUCACCUUAUGAAAGAAUCACUCAUUCAGACAGCAACAUUAAUAUUAGCAAUGGCGGCGAGUGCUUCGACCACAAGCAAUGCCGUGGACAUUUGAAGAAGCUGCAAUCUUGUCUUCAGGCAGGAAUAGAAGUUGAGCGAAUGUUGAAGGCUCGUAACAUUGAAAGUAACCGGAGGAUGAAACCUGACAGAUGGAGGCAAACGUUUCUCCGGCCCAUAUGACAUAUGUACAGAUUUCCGUUCUGAAGUUCUCAUAAGAAUGAAUGAAUAAAUAUAAAAUACAGAAUUUUGCGGCUUUUUAUUCCCUCAGCUAAACCUUCUCCUACCUACCUAAUAAAGAAGCCUUAGCAGCAGCAAUAAGGCGAUUUUCUAUAUGCGUCAUUUAUUUGUUCUUAUCGGUGUUUGAGGUGUGACACUUGUGGAGUCGAAAAAGUUUUUUGGUACCCAGAGAUUUGAGUUUAUGAGCUUUUAUGUAGCAGCGGUGUCACACAGUGCAGUACUGGGUAUAUCUGUACUCUACCUGAUAACUUCCUUGCCUCGUAUUUUUGUUGGGACUGUACUCUACCUGAUAACUUCCUUGCCUCGUAUUUUUGUUGGGACUUGGAAAUUUUGAUAUAUGUUAUGUUCUAUUUUUUCUAUAUGUUUUCAUGAUUAAUUUUGAGGAUGAGCUGAGGUAUUUGGAAUUUCCAUUCUGUUAUAUUGAGAACUUUGGUUGAUGACUCUUUUGGUUAUGAAAAAAUAAAAGAGCAAACCUUUGAAACGUGCUUAUUCGGUUACAUGUAA